UUAGGUCACAGCAGCGCAGAUGCCAACAGGCUGCACUUGACUUCGAUACAGACACUUGCUGCGCGGAGGACUGGAGCGCACAGCCUCAAACUGCAGGAGAAAACAUGUCUCGUUUUAUCGUCCGACUUUCGCUCGUCAUCGCUCAGAGGGCGGCUGCCAAGUCCGUGUCGUUGCCCAAGACCAGAGUUACUGCUUUCAUCCGCCCUGUCUCCACUAGUUCAGGCUUGCAAUCACUGACUCGUUAUAAUGCGAUGACCGACUGGCAGAAGACACUGACCUCUGAACAGUACGUGGUCACGAGGGAGAAGGGGACAGAGAUGCCUUUCAGCGGUCUCUAUCUGAACCAUAGUGAGGUGGGGAUGUACCACUGUGUGUGCUGCGACACUCCCCUCUUCAGUUCAGAGGCGAAGUAUGACUCGGGCACAGGCUGGCCGGCGUUCAAAGAGGCUCAUGGGACGUGGGAACGCGACGAGAGCCAUGCAUCCAUCAUCCGUCGCCCUGACAACACCCUGGGUAGCGCAGAGACAGAGGUCAUCUGUAAACAUUGUGACGCCCAUCUGGGUCAUGCAUUUGAGGAUGGACCAGACCCCACAGGACAGAGGUUCUGCAUCAACAGCGUGUCUCUCAACUUCAGGCCCAGAGAAUCCAGAGAACCCAGACCCGGCGACCAGUAGAACCCCUUAGAACCGCUUAGAACAAUCUUAAACCACCUAGGCCUGACCAGAACCAACCUUCAAACCCAGAGAACACAAACCCAAGGACCAGUAGAACGCAACAGACCCAAUAUCUAGAUCCCUAACCAUGACCAGAGAUCUCGUCAUCAGGAAUACUGUUUUUAUAUGUCUGUAUUUUUCUGUAACUGAUCAUAGAUGAGCUUGUGACCUAUAUUCACCAUCUUCUCAACCAUAGCCACAACUACUGUACAGUAUAUGUUAAUGGUCACAUUUUGUAAUGUCUGUUAAGGGGUUUUUCAAUCACGUUCACUGGGUAUCCAAGAUUUAACUGCUUUUAACUGAUAGAUGGUCAUUAUGAGGUGACUUCACUAAAACUGCUGUAGGUCCCAUGACAGCAAAGUCUGAAAUUAGGAAUUAAUUCUAAUAUUGUCUCUAGAACUAAAAGGAAACCCCUGCUGUUGCUCAGCAGGACCAGGUUUGAAGACCACCGAUGAAUGACUGUUGUAUGACCACUGUGUGACCACAACAGACCGCAGAUUUAGGGUCUCAUUUGUGGGCAAGUCCUGGGCACUGAACACCAGGGCUUAAUGUCUGCUGUUGUGUACAGUUAGUCUGGAUCUGUGAUAGAACUUAAGGGGUCUACACAGUCUAUGCAAACGGAGCCGACGGAUGUUCAUUUGUGUCGCUCUGUAAGUAGUUCUACGUACAUUUGUGCAGCAGAAUUUUUUGGAACACGACUGUGAGUGUGUAGACCCCUUUACUGUCACUUGAACCAUUCAACAUGGAGCAUAUUCUGUCAAUAAAAUGUAUAUAUUUUUGUUUUCUUCA